AUGGCUUCCUUUGGGGAUAUCCUCGCGGAGAUGAUGCAGAAUCCACCUGAUCCGAAUGGCCCUGUUCCAGCGUCGAAUAAACCAGCGACUAUGUACGGAGCGGCGAUACCAUUUCACGUAUUGAGCUGGGCAGCCGUUGUCUUUCGACUUCAUACACGCUUCAGAGUGGUGCGCGAACCCAGAUGGGACGAUUACAUUGUCUUCGUGGCUGCGGUUUUCAACCUCGCCGCCAUGGCGAGCUUCCCUGGCGCUAUCCAGUACGGACUCGGGAGGCAUCUCCUCUACAUCGACCCUAAGGAUAUCACUAGCACGAUGAAGUUUCUAUACGUUCAGAAUGCUUCCUAUUUCACCUGCACGGCGCUGAUCAAAGUCUCUCUACUUUGCCAGUAUCUGCGGCUCUUUGGAGCGGGACUGCUUCGCAAGACCUGCAUCGUCAUGCUUGUCCUUUUCUGGGAUCGAUUGCAGACCCCUCCACCGAAGUGCUACGGGACCGGUUUUGGCUCGAAGAGCGGUGCUAUGGCGGCCUUCACUUCCUUCGCUGCUACAAAUAUGUUCUUCGACACCGCAAUAUUCUUCAUCCCAAUGGCUGUCUAUCUCAAGCCAGGCCUUCAGAGGAAGCAACUCCUAGCGCUCAUAGGCCUGUUUACGGUAGGUUUGAUCGUCGUGCUCAUGUCCAUCCUCCGCCUCUGGACCGCACUGAGACAGAACAAGGACACCUUCUCCAGCGUGGACUUCACAUGGUGGAAUCCUCCGACGUUGAUAAUAUCCUGCCUUGAAGUCGACUUCGCCAUCAUGUGCGCCUCCAUGCCAAUUUUCUGGCCCGUCAUUGUCGCGUCGCUCGCCCAGAUCUUCGUCACACGAGAAGUCCGAGUCACCAGCCAUCAGCAGUUACCCGAGGACGGCGGCUUAGAUUUCGAGAUGGGCAGACCCAAUUCUUCUUUAAAGAGUAGUAGUAGCCAGGAAGGAUUAACGCGGGUGCAGGAAUUAUCGAAGACGGACUAUAGCGAUCAGCUUAUCGUGGAUUAUGUCACGGGAAAAGUACCGGAGAGUGGGACGGUCGCCGUCGGCAGAACGAAAUCAAAGAGGGAGUGGAUGCGUUAG